GAGUCUAGUCUAUCAUCUAGAAAUCAUGGUUUCUUUUUAACUCAUAAAUUUCUGGAAAUAUGUCCCUGAAUGGAUUGACAUGUUUGAAUUACAUCUAGUGAAUAAACUCAACAACAAAUGGAGUAAUAAGAUUGUGACAGUGUUGUUAGUAAUUAUCAUUCCACUAAGGAAACCAUAGAAAGAUGUGGAAAUGGUAUUAUACCCGCUUCAAACCACAUUCAACAAUGCAGUCAUUAAUGAAGAUUACAAAAGAUAGACCACCGGUGCUGACCCUGGUUUUGGGUCUAGUGUUCUUCCUUCCUGUGGCCAGCUCACAGAAGAACUCUGCAUUCUUCAACACAACAUCUCUUAUCAGCAUUCCCAAUUCAGAAUGGGACCUUAGUCAAGGCAGCAAAACAUUCAUCUUCACCACCUGUUCUGACUCUGGGUAUCUCAUUGCCAUCCAGUCCAACUCAUCCUCAUCACAGUCAUCUUCAUCUUACACACAAGGGCUGGCCCUUCUCAUGCUCAACAAAUCUGUAGCAUUUCAGUGGACUAUUAACGGACAGUCAAACUCUGUUAAAGUUGGCAACAACAUGAGUGACAAUAUUUGGUACACAACUGUUUUAGAAAACUCGAACGGUGCACUGAAGCUAUCAAUCUCCACUCGAUACAAUAUAGUGUCAGAGGUCACAGUUGCCAAUAGUUCCAUAAAUUCUUAUUUAUUAAAUGUGAGAUUGAAUGGUACUCUCAAAAUAGGAGAAGGAUUUACAGGAUGUAUGUAUCAAGGACCAGGUGUUAAUUUCUCAUCUGCUGGAUAUAAGGAGCAGGGGAUAGUAUGGGAUCAGUGUCAGCUAGAACUAAAAAGUGGAUGCAUUGAUGUUGAUCAGAAUGACUGCUGGGAUAGCCCUUGUUUGUAUGGUGGUACCUGUAUAGAUCUAUUCAGAAACUUCACCUGUCAAUGUCCUGCCAAUUAUAAUGGUACCCGCUGUGAGAAUGACUUGGCCAAACUGUAUGGAUGCCAAGUAAAUCCAUGUUUAAAUGGAGGAACCUGCCAUAAUCUGUCAACCCCAGCGUCUUUCAAUUGUACAUGCCCUCCAGGUUAUAAUGGUCUGACUUGUGAGAAUAGGAUUGACUUUUGCCGACUGACCCCUUGCCUCAAUGGAGGAAUCUGUGUUAGUGGUAACAAUUCCUAUAGCUGUAACUGCUCUCAGACAGGCUAUGCUGGAACCAAUUGUUCUGUCAAUAUAAAUGAGUGCUCCAUGAACACUUCUAUUUGUGGGGCCUAUGGCACCUGCUAUGAUGCUCCAGGAAGUUACACUUGCAGUUGUCAACCAGGAUUCGAGGGUAAACCUUGCCAGAAUGUGGAUGACUGCUUGUCUCAGCCUUGCCAGCAUGGUGGAACCUGUGAAGAUGCCAUUAAUGCCUUCAUUUGCAGAUGCCCCUCUGGUUUCUCUGGCUCUACAUGUGACACAAACAUUGAUGACUGUGUCAACAACAACUGUAGUGGGCACAACUCCACAUGCAAAGAUCUUGUCAAUGGGUUUCAGUGUAUCUGUAAAGAGGGCUAUACAGGUGUCUAUCCAGCGUGUACAGAUACUGAUGAGUGUAGCCUCCAGUUCUGUCAGAACUCUGCCACCUGUCUCAACUCACCUGGAAGCUACAACUGUUCAUGCCCAGCCGGCUAUACUGAUCACAACUGCAGCACAAACAUUGAUGAUUGUGCCAGCAAGCCCUGUCACAACGCCACAAACUGUACAGAUCUAGUGAAUGGCUAUAGAUGCCACUGUCUCCCUGGAUAUACUGGCACCAACUGUGAUGUGGAUGUUAUAGAUUGUCUUCCUGGAAUCUGCCUUAACAAUGCUACCUGCCAAGAUCUGGUUAAUGGCUACAGAUGUGUUUGCCAGCCUGGUUUUAACGGUAUCAACUGUAGUACAAAUAUUGAUGAUUGUGCCAGCAAACCUUGUCUGAAUGGUGCUCAGUGUGUGGAUCUAAUCAACUCCUAUGCAUGUAAUUGUACUGCUGGAUAUGAGGGUGUAAACUGUGGUACUGAGAUCAACAAGUGCAGGCUUUACUCCAAUCCCUGCCAAAACAAUGGGACUUGCUGGUACACACCCAAUGACUACCACUGCAACUGCACAAGUGACUGGAUGGGUAAGAAUUGCACUGAGCCUUAUGAUGCCUGCCAAAGCUUGCAGCCUUGUCAAAAUGGUGGGAAUUGCUCCUCUACAAAACUGUCUCACAACUACACCUGCAGCUGUGUGACUGGAUUCGAUGGGAAAAACUGUGAACACGACAUUGAUGACUGCAUUGGCAUUACAUGCCCUGGCAAUCGUACUUGUAAUGAUAAGGUCAACAACCAUACCUGUGACUGCCCUAUAGGAUUUACUGGUUCCAACUGUGAGACAGUGAUAGACAUGUGUGAGACACACCCAUGUCAGAAUGGUGGAACUUGCACAUCUGGGAGGAGCAACUAUACCUGUAACUGUAUAGAAAGGUUUAUUGAUAUUCCCUUACCUGAUGGCACUAGGAAAUCUUUCAAGACUGGUUACACUGGUGUCAACUGUGAGAUUGACAUUGAUGAAUGUAACUAUUCUGUCCCCAUCUGUCAAAAUGGUGGACUGUGCCAGAACACUCCUAAGGGAAGUUUCUCUUGCUUCUGCAAAACUAAUGUCAGUGGUGGGGAAAUGUAUGUGGGCACUCUGUGUGAACAGUUGAGGACCUAUUGUGACAUUCGUUUACCAAAUGAAACCUGUCAGAAUGGUGGGACAUGUAUCAAUCUGCCCAUGUCAUCAACGUGUGCAUGUGUAGCAGGAUAUGAAGGCAAAUACUGUGAGACAAACAUAGAUGAUUGUAGUCCUAAUCCCUGCCUGUACAAUGGGACGUGUACAGAUUUAGUCAACAACCACUCAUGUACAUGUAUAGAUGGCAUCACCGGCUACAACUGCCAGACCAACAUUGAUGACUGCUCUCCCUCUCCGUGUUUAAACAAUGGUGUUUGUCAUGAUAGGAUUAACAAUUACACCUGUGACUGCAGUGGCACUGGGUUCAUUGGUUCAAUAUGUGAAAACAACUUUGACGACUGUGCAAGCAAUCCAUGUCAUAAUGGUGGCAAUUGUACAGACAGAGUAAAGAACUACACAUGUGAGUGCUACAAGGGCUACACUGGAGACAACUGCCAGAUUGACAUACAAGAGUGUACACCUAACCCUUGUCGCAACAACAGUCUCUGCCUUGAGAACUCCAAUGUGACCCUCUAUGACAAAGGCAAUCCCAAAUUUGUCAACUUCACCUAUGAUAAGGCUGCUGGUUACAUUUGUGAAUGUGUACCAGGUCUGACAGGAGUCAAUUGCUCAAUAGAUGUCGAUGAAUGUCAAUCAAAUCCUUGCCUGCACAGUUCAACGUGCAUUGACCUGUUCAACAACUUCAGCUGCAAGUGUUCACCAGGCUAUCAAGGAAAGGAGUGUGAUGUGGACAUUAAUGAGUGCAAUGUGAAGCCAUGCCAGAAUGGAGGCACCUGUAUUGACAAGAUUGCAGACUACCUCUGUAUCUGCAAGCCUCCUGUGGCUAACACUGUCAACUAUGGGGGGAGAAACUGUAGCACUUUGAUGACUGGCUGUAAUAGUAACAGUUGUAGCAAAGGGGACUGCAUUCCAAAGCUAGAUUACAGCAGCGGUGUGGAGAUACAUGGCUUCAGUUGUUCUUGUUACCCUGGCUACACUGGAGAAUAUUGUAAUGUCGAGACAUCCAUGAGUUUUGUUUCCCCUGUGAAUUAUGUCAAGGUUGACCUGAAUACGUCAUCACUGGAAAUAAGUCUAACUUUUCGCACUGCUUCUUGGUCUGACCUUGCCCUUGUUGUUCUUAAGCUGCAGAGUGAGGACACUGUUUCCAUUCAGAUUAUUGCUGGGGAGGUUAUGUUGACAUAUAAGGAUAUUGGAAUUGUAAAUGAAACACUCAAAACUUUGGCCAAAGUAAAUGACAGUAACAGCCACAGUCUUCUUCUGAAACUGACUGUGAGUAACAUGACUCUAUCUCUACCUAAUGACAAGUGUGCUGGUGACAACCCCAAUACAGUGCAGCCUUGCAUCAAGUCUAUCAGUCUUAAGCUAGCACGAAGCAACAUCACCUCUCUUGUGGUUGGCAAUGGGACUAGUGCUAAAGCUUUUGUGGGCUGUGUGGAGGAUCUCAGGAUUAACUCACAACUCUAUUAUCCUGCACUGAAUAAUGGUAACUAUGUGAAUGUCACACCAGGUUGUUCCAGGUCACCACAAUGCAGCUCCUUGUCUUGCAAUAGUCGUGGAAGUUGUGAAGAUCUGUGGAACAAAUAUUCUUGUCUUUGCAACAGACCUUAUUAUGGUCAAGAUUGUCAACUGGAAUAUCCUGCGGCCACAUUCUUCCCAGGAUCUUACGUGUCUUACAGCUUCCCUCCAGAACCUGUUGGAGAUGUUUAUAUUUCAUUUUUCCUCGUUACUCGUCAGAAUGAUGGUUUUAUUAUGAUGACCACUGAUGGCUACAAUGCCCAAAUUAAAAAGUUUGCUUACUUGGCUCUCUACAUGAAAAACUCUCAGCUGUCUGGAGACUUUUUUAAGUGUGGCUCGAACCUGAAUUUUGUAGUCAACAAGAAUCUGGCAGAUGGAAAGUGGCAUUUUAUUUCUAUAGUUGUCAAAAAUACCAGCUUCACUAUUUUCAGCAGCUCAGAUGAAAAGCUUUAUGAAAAUCUGAACAUCUCACAGUCAUGCUCAUCAGGUUUUGGUUUAUCUACAUCAAAAUUGUUUUUUGGUCAGUUCAGAAAUGUCCAGCUACGGACAAAGCGCCAUGCUCACAGUUCACAACAUACAAAGGAAAUAAGCAUGGUAUCACUACAAAGAGUAAAACGCCAGACAGAUAUCAUUGCUAACAUAUCAGCCACCUAUUCUAUUAUCCCAGACUGGGAAGGUGUUAUACAGGACAUUCAUAUCAAUGGGAAAAUGCUUGACUUUGACAGUGUCUCUGAAUCUAUUAUGUCUGUUAAUGUGACAGUGGGUGCCAAUUCCACAAGAAAUGUCUGCCCUGAUUCUCCUUGCCAAAAUGGUGGAACUUGCUCAGAGUCAUUUUACAAUGACUUUUCGUGCCAAUGUUUACGUGGAUACACGGGAAAGAACUGCAGUGAGCUCAACUUUUGUUCCUACGGUACAUGCCCUUCUGAGACCACUUGUGUGAAUAUUCCUUUGGGAUAUGAAUGUAUUGGGGAUGCAGCAUUUCUUUAUGAUAACAGUGGUAUUCAGUAUGUUAUGAACGGCUCUACACCAGAACCAUCUCUAACAUUCAACUUUCGGACACGUGGGCUUUUCGGGCUGAUCUUUAUUCUUCGCUAUGGAGAGUAUUUUUUCAAAGUGCGUGUGGCUAAUGGUGUCCUAGAGAUCAAUUCUAAACUCUCAUCUGAAUUUUCAGAGUCAGCGGAGACGCGUGCUGGUAGGCGGGUGGAUGAUGGGAGAUGGUACAGUGCAAGAUUUGAAAUCAUUAAUGAAACGCACGUUGUCUUGGAGGUUAGGUACGACAAGCAGCUGUAUGACAGUACAGGAAUUAGGCUGAUCAACAGUUCAUCUGUGGAUAUUGGUGACAUGCUCAUGAAAGGUGAAAUUAUUUUAGGAAGCGUGCUUCGUGAGAAGUAUUCCAAGACGUGGGAAGCCAACUUUAAGGGCUGUCUGCGGGAGGUCAGGAUGGGCGGGGUGCUGAUGCCCUUCUACUUUGAUGACACCUUUGAGAACAAUACCGUCCCGGUGAAGUUCAUGGCCAAAUCUAUCAGUGGCAUUGUUCAUCACUGCACUGGGGAUAACGUCUGCAGCAAAACUUCAUGUCUGAAUGGUGGAAGCUGUGUGGACAUUUGGAAUAGUUUUACCUGUAAAUGCCCAACAGGUUUUUAUGGAGAUUACUGUGAGAGUAAUCCAGAUAAUUGUGGCUCCACUCAAUGCAUGAAUGGCGGGCUCUGUCUAGAUGGAUAUGAUACCAGCAGCUGUAUGUGUCCUCUUGGCUACACUAACAAUUUCUGCCAGGAUACAGUGAACAUGUGUGAACAUAACGAGUGUGCCAACAGCUCAGCUUGUGUGAAUAGAAGUUAUGACUACAUCUGCAAUUGUUCAGGGACACAGUUCACUGGAUGGUUUUGUAAUGUUACGAUUCAACAAAACUGUUCUCAAUCACUUUGUCAAAAUGGUGGAACAUGUACUGAUACAAUUGUAACUAUUAAUAAUCAGAGCCUCUCCUCAUUUAACUGCUCAUGUAGAGCUGGCUAUGAAGGACCACUGUGUGAGAAACCUGUAGACUACUGUAAUAAAGAUGGUUACAAGUGUUUCAAUAACGGGAAAUGUAUCAAUAACCCUGAGUACCAGAACUACACAUGUAAUUGUGACAAUGCUACUGAUUUUAUUGGCCCUAACUGUUCCACCAAAGUCAACAACUGCUAUACAAACAAUUCCUGUGUCAAUGGUAAAUGUAUAGAUGGAAUUAACAACUACACCUGUCAGUGUCCUCUAGGUUAUGAAGGAUUAGGAUGUGAGCAUCAAGUCAACAUGUGUGGCAAUAGCUCUUUUUGUCAGCGAGGUUCUUGUGUGACUAAUGGAUCCUGUGACUGCACUGGAACUGGCUAUGGAGGUCCUUACUGUCAGCAAGAGAUUGAUGAGUGUAGUGCCACUGUAAGUGUUUGUCUCAAUGGAGCUAAUUGUACCAAUCUUGAGGGAGAUUACAACUGCAGCUGUACAGAGGGUUACACUGGUAAAAAUUGUCAGACACCAAGCUGCACUGGUAUCAUUUGUCAAAAUGAUGGAACAUGUAAUAUUGUUGGCUCAUAUUGGCAAUGUACAUGUAAACCCUAUAUUGAGGGUAAAUAUUGUGACAAGAUUGGUCCUUGUUUCAAUAACCCAUGUAGAAAUCAAGCUACGUGUCAACAGUCUAUUGAAUAUAACAAUUACACCUGCUUUUGUUUACCAGGCUGGAGGGGAGAGAACUGCUCUGAAGAUAUAGAUGAAUGUAAUGAGACCAUACAUGCUUGUUGGAAUGGUACAUGUCAUAACACCAUGGGAGGCUAUAAUUGUUUCUGUGAUGCUGGCUACACAGGACAGCGCUGUGAAUCUGACAUUAACGAAUGCUUAUCCAACCCUUGUAAGAAUGGAGGCAUCUGCUCAGACAUGGUGAAUAACUAUACCUGCAUGUGCAAUCAAGGUUACCAAGGUCAAGAUUGCUCUCAAGACAUUGAUGAAUGUGCUUUGAACACAUCACUCUGCAACAAAGGAACAUGUGCAAAUACUGAACCAUUUUACCACUGUAACUGUGGCACUGACUACUUGGGGGACCACUGCCAGUUGGUUAAUCCGUGUGCAAAUGUGACAUGUCUGAAUCAGGGAACUUGUCAGUUUAAAAACAACACCAGCUCCGACUUUACAUACGUCUGCACUUGCUCUGAAGGCUAUGAAGGCUCUUUGUGUGAGAAGAGUGCCAGUUCCAAAGAUACAGAUUUGGGGAUUAUCAUUGGUCCAAUUGUUGGUGGCAUUGUCUUCAUCAUUAUAGUCAUUGUGGUCAUAGCUUUCAUUAUGACAGCCAGAUCAAAGCGAGCCACACGUGGAGCUUACAGCCCGAGCCAGCAGGAGACGUCAGGGUCCAGGGUAGAGCUAGGAAAUGUGUUGAAGAAACCUCCUGAAGAAAGACUCAUCUAGAGUAUAUUUUGUUAUUGCAUGGACUUUACAUAAAGGCAUUUAAUUGUACAAAGUUAAAUUUUAUAUACAUAAUUGUUGAGAACAUAGAACAAGCUCAGAGCUAUAGCGUAUGGAAGUGAAAGUAUUUAUUUCUUAUAUCUGUACUGAAAUUAUUCAUUAGUCAAUUUUCCCUUAUCAUUUUUUUCUGUAAAUUCUUUAAUUUUUUUU